AUGACCAGCGUGGCAAUGUGGACCUCUCUCCGCCGGCGCUGCCCAUGUCCAGGCCCCCGCGAGCGCCUCCCCUGCUUCUCCAGCAUUGUCCGAGGCCUGGCGGAAGAGAGGCUUCCCCGGUGCUUCCCGCGGCCUGGGAAUAAGCGGGAGAAUCUGGGCGUCGCUCUAGAGAUCAUUGGGCUAGAGGAGAAGCUGUCCCAGUGUCGGAGAGACCUGGAGGCCGUGAACUCCAGGCUCCACAGCCGGGAGCUGAGCCCAGAGGCCAGGAGGUCCCUGGAGAAGGAGAAAAACAGCCUAAUGAACAAAGCUUCCAACUAUGAGAAGGAACUGAAGUUUCUUCGGCAAGAGAACCGGAAGAACAUGCUGCUCUCUGUGGCCAUCUUUUUCCUCCUGACGCUCAUCUAUGCCUACUGGACCAUGUGAGCCUGGCACUUCCCCACAACCAGCACAGGCUUCCACUUGGCCCCUUGGUCAGGACCAAGCAGGCACUUCAAGCCUCAACAGGACCAAGGUGCUGGGGUGUUCCCCUCCCAACCUAGUGUUCAAGCAUGGCUUCCUGGCAGCCCAGGCCUUGCCUCCCUGGCCUGUUGGGGGGUUCCGGGUCUCCAGAAGGACAUGGUGCUGGCCCCUCCCUUAGCCCAAGGGAGAGGCAAUAAAGAACAC